AUGGGCGAUAACAAGUUAUUACCAAGAUUAUCAGAAAAUCUACUCGAAAUGUUAGAUGAUGACGAAUAUUAUGAUAUUACGAUUGAAGUUGGUAAUAAAUCCUACGUGAAAGCCUUUCGCGCUCAUAUGGUUAUUUUGAAUUAUCGUUCUCCUUAUUUGCGAAGAAUCUUAUCAUCAAAUAACGAAGAUAAAAAUAAUGGAGCUUUGGCACAUAUUAAAUUACCAAAUAUCUUACCUGAAAUUUUUCAAAUUAUCUUAAAGUAUAUUUACGGAGGAAGAAUUUCUUUGAAAAAAUAUGAUGUUUCAGAUAUCAUUAAAGUCUUGGUUGCAGCCAAUGAAUUACAUCUUCGUGAAUUAAUUCCCUAUUUGGAAUCCUUUUUAAUUGAAAAUAAAAAAAAUUGGUUGGAGCAGAAUUUUGAUUUGGUAUAUCAAACAAGCUUUGAAAAUGAUUCUUUUUUAGAACUUCAAAAGUAUUGUACUGAUUUAAUUUUCAAGGAACCAAAUAAAAUAUUUGGGUCACCAAAUUUCUCUUCGAUUCCAAAAAGGCUUUUAAUUACGCUUAUUCAGAAUGAUAAUCUUCAAAUGAGCGAAAUUCAAGUUUGGGAUCACGUGAUUGAAUGGGGACUUGCUCAAAAUCCAGAACUUUCUUCUGACCCGGCAGACUUUUCAAAAGAAGAAUUCAAUGUUUUAAAGAAUACCCUACAACAUUUUAUUCCUCUCAUUAGAUUCCAUGAUUUAACUUCCAAAGAAUUUUCUAAGAAAGUAAUACCUUAUAAGAAAAUCUUACCAAAAGAAUUACGUAGUGAUUUAUUAAAAUAUUUCUUGGAUAAUAAUGACGAUAAGACUCUAAUUAAAAAAUCAGAACCUCGUGUUGUUAAACCACGUACUGUUGUAGAGAUUGAUAGCGGUCCGAUCAAAAAAUCAGAACCUCAUGUUGUUAAACUACGUACUGUUGUAGAGAUUGAUAGCGGUCCGAUCAAAAAAUCAGAACCUCGUGUGCGUACUGUUGUAGAGUUUGAUAGCGGUCCGAUUAAAAAACCAGAACCUCGUACUGUCAAAAAGACUAAAUCAAAAAAUAUUGAUUCUAAAAUCAUUACAAAUCAACAUGCUGAAUGUAUUUCAAAAUGGAUUGGUAAAUUAGAAAUAGCAGACGAUCCAACAAUUUCGCAUGAAUUCAAAUUAUUAUAUCGUGAUUCUCAUGAUGGGUCUAGUGGAUUGCUUAAUAGAUUUAAAAAGUGCCACGAGAUUUGUAAAGAUCAAUAUCGCACUGUAACAUUUAUUAAAGUGAUGGAUAGUAAUGAAAUACUUGGAGGAUAUAAUCCAAUUGAAUGGAAAUUUGAUGGUAGUUAUGGCGAAACUAAUGAUAGUUUUAUAUUUUCUUUUCAUAAUGGUCGGAUUGAAAAUUUUAAAUUAGGUCGUGUAAUGAAUGAAGAUAAAGCUAUAUUUAACGGUUCUUCUUAUGAGUACGGACCAUCAUUUGGUAAUAGUGACUUGCUUUUAUACCAAACUUUUAUGAGCGAUUUAAAAAUUCAUUAUAAGAAAAAUUCUUAUGGAGAGAUUAGAAGAAAUGGCGAAAUGUUUUAUGAAGAUUUUGAAGUAUUUCAAAUUUUAUAAGAUGUAUUUAAAUUUAUUUUCAGAUUUUUUUUUUUUCAUUAUUUAUUUAAGUAUAUUUUUAUAUAUCAAUAUUUGUAUUUACCGGUAACUC